AUGAAAGGAAGAUGUGGAUGUAGUCAAUUGGCAUUGAAGACGAGGAAGAAUGAGACGAAGGUGUGUGGGCUGUGGUCGCUGCCAGAUGAUGUGUUUGUGGACUGCCUGGCCCAGGUGUCGAGAUUGGACCUCGUGGCCUUAGCUAUGGUCUCUAGGAGACACCGGUUUUACGCAGUGUCGAGUAGAUUCUGGGCCGUGAGGUAUCGGAUGGGUAACGUGGACCCAUACUUGUACGUAUUUAUGCACAUGUAUCCCGAUCCAAGCCCAUGUUGGUUCGUCCUCCACCCCAUGCAACGUCGGCUGAAACGAGUCAAUUUGAACUUGUAUCCGGUAACAGGAUCAUGUUUUGUGAAGACGGAUUUGGGGAUCUAUACUAUCGGUGGACUCAUCAACGGCAAACCAACAUCGAAAGUCACGUUUCUGAAUUGUAUCGAGCACACAGUGUACCGCAUCACGCCUAUGAAGAUGGCUCGAAGCGGAGCAUCGGCAAGUUUGAUAGAGGACGGGGAGAAUAAGAAGAUAUACGUGUUUGGAGGGUGCUGGGAUGUGGCUGAUUCCUCGAACUGGGUUGAGGUAUAUGAUAUCGAAACCGGAACGUGGGAAUUGUUGUCUGUGUCUACCCCCAAGAUGCCCCUCAAAAUCAAAGAAAGUAUGGUGAUGGACGAGAAGCAUGUCUACGCGGUGGACGAGGAUGGUGAAAUCUUUGUUUUCUCGACAAGCGAAAGUACGUUUUGUGCAGAGGGAGAAAGAGAGUCUAACCCGGAUGAUAGAAACGAUUGGCGUUUGUUUGAUCAGACGUUUUUCUGCCGUGGUAUCGGCGGGAGAAUACUGUGGCGUUUGCCGCGUGAGUUUGGUUGGAAGGAAGUCAAGGGUUUGGAAGAGCUGCAGCAGCAACACAUUAUCAAACUAUGCGCCUUCUCUGUCCAGAGGAUGGCCAUCUUCUGGGAAGCCCAAGGUCCUGAUCAGAUUUUGGAGCUUUGGUAUGCCGAGAUUACCCUCAAAAUGACAAGACGCAAGGAAGGCGAGGAGGAGGAGGAGGUAUGGGAGGUUUGGGGGAACAUUGAGUGGUCCGGUGCUGUCCUCUCAGACUCAUCAUAUACUGGCCUUAACUUGUUAUUUGCGGAUUCUCUCUAUGUCUGA